AGGCUUCAGUCGAGCACUGAACAUGGCCAGGACCACAGGAAAUCAUGCCAAGCGGCGCCGGUGUGUUGCCAGGAUUAAGUUCUGGCGAAGAUCUCGAGUGGCUAGCGAUGUCACGUUGGGUAUUCUCAAGUACAAAGACCCCUCGAAGCCUCUAAGAAGGAAUUUAACAUUUACAAUUAUUAAAUCCUUUGUACGUCGCCUUAAAAGGGAAGACUAUAAAUACAGUGGUACUUUCCAAGAAGCCAUUAAGCCAGUUUUAAUUAUAGCCCAGGUCUUUGCUCUGAUGCCCGUUCGAGGAGUAAGCUCUAAGUUCGCUGAGGAUCUGUCCUUCGCCUGGAGCAGCAUCCGCACUUACUACGCUCUAGUUACAAUCCUUUGCUUUGGAAUAUCCUCUGGCUACGUGGUGGCCUACGCCACUAGUGUGACUUUUAACUUUGAUUCGGUGGAGACACUGGUCUUUUACUUGUCCAUAUUCCUCAUCUCUUUGUGCUUCUUGCAACUGGCAAGGAAGUGGCCGGUGUUGGCUCAAGAAUGGCAGUUGGUGGAGGCAAAGCUACCACCUCUGAAGCUCAUCAAGGAACGGAAAUCUCUGGCCCAGCAUAUAAAAGUAAUCACCAGUGUGGCCACCACUUGCUCGCUGGUGGAGCACAUUCUCAGCAUGAUGUCCAUGGGUUACUAUGUCAGUUCCUGUCCCAAAUGGCCAGAUUGGCCCAUUGAUAGUUUCUUGUAUUUAAACUUCUCGUCGGUAUUUUACUAUGUGGAUUAUACCCGAUUUCUGGGCAUUAUUGGAAAGGUGGUCAACGUUCUGAGUACCUUCGCCUGGAACUUUAAUGACAUUUUUGUGAUGGCAGUUAGUGUGGCUUUGGCUUCUCGGUUUAGGCUCUUAAAUGAUUACAUGCUAAGAGAGGCUAGAAUGCCCACAACAGCAAACUUUUGGAUGCAAUGCCGAAUCAACUUCCGGAGUCUUUGCAAACUCUGCGAAUUGGUGGAUGAUGCCAUUUCCGCCAUAACACUGCUCUGUUUCAGCAAUAAUCUUUACUUUAUUUGUGGAAAAAUCCUUAAGAGCAUGCAGACCAAGCCCUCCAUCUCGCAUACCCUGUACUUUUGGUUCUCCCUGGCCUAUCUUCUGGGCAGAACCCUCAUCCUGUCACUCUAUAGCUCCAGUAUCAAUGAUGAAUCUAAGCGACCAUUGUCUAUCUUUCGCCUUGUGCCCAGGGAGUACUGGUGCGAUGAGCUUAAACGAUUCUCGGAGGAGGUGCACAUGGACAAUGUGGCUUUGACGGGCAUGAAGUUCUUUCGGCUUACACGCGGUGUUGUCAUUUCGGUGGCUGGCACAAUAGUGACAUACGAACUAAUUCUGCUGCAGUUCAAUCGCGACGAAAAGGUUCCUGGCUGCAACGAGGGCUAUAAGUGCAAAACAACAGGUGUUUUUAAUGGACAACUGUGGCCAGUGGCAGGGCAGUCGAAAGCUUGUGGUCUGCGCAGUGAAGUCCUGAGCUGGCAGGAUGAAGUUCCUGCCCAAGCUGGAGCGCAGGCUCUGUCGCCUCAAAAAGAAGAUGUCCAGGUCGCCGCUGAUGCUGCCAGGAAGAAGGCCUUUCAGGAUAGUUGUGAUGCUUACAAAACCCAAAUCGAAAUGGAAUAUGUGGUGCGGAAUCAGCCGACCAAACCCUCCCGGAGUAACAAGGAAGUAUUUCUUAGUGAUGGCAGCUUCCAUCAGGCUGUGGGCAGAGUCCUCCUUAUCGCCGAGUUCUUUGCCAUGAUGCCGGUCAAGGGAGUUACCGGAAAGCAUCCCUCCAAGCUGAGCUUCUCCUGGCGCAACAUUCGAACCUGUUUUUGUGUGGCUUUCAUAGCCUCCAGUUUGGUUAACUUUUCCCUGUCGCUGUUUAAGGUUUUGAACAAUCCAAUAAGCUUCAAUAGCAUCAAGCCCCUGAUCUUCAGGGGUUCAGUUCUACUGGUCUUAAUAGUUUCCUUAAAUCUGGCCAGGCAUUGGCCUCAACUGAUGAUGUAUUGGCACUCGGUGGAGCAGGACUUGCCGCAAUACAAGUCCCAGGCAGGCAGGUGGAAGAUGGGUCACACCAUAUCCAUGGUGAUGCUGGUGGGGAUGAUGCUUUCUUUGGCUGAACAUAUCCUAAGCAUGGUAUCGGCCAUAAACUAUGCCUCAUAUUGCAACCGCACCGCUGAUCCAAUCCAGAAUUAUUUUAUCCGCACCAACGACGAAAUCUUCUUUGUCACCAGCUACUCCACAGCGUUGGCUAUAUGGGGCAAGUUCCAGAACGUGUAUGCCACCUUUAUAUGGAACUAUAUGGAUAUGUUUGUGAUGAUUGUCAGCAUUGGAUUGGCCUCCAAGUUCCGACAGCUCAAUGAUGACCUACGGAACUUUAAAGGAAUGAACAUGUCACCAACCUACUGGUCUGAACGUCGCAUUCAAUAUAGAAAUAUCUGCAUACUUUGCGAACGUAUGGAUAACGCCAUAUCCCUGAUAACAAUGGUAUCCUUUUCCAAUAAUUUGUACUUCAUAUGCGUCCAGCUACUGAGGAGUUUAAACACUAUGCCCUCAGUGGCCCAUGCCGUUUACUUCUACUUUUCCCUGAUUUUCCUCAUUGGGCGAACUUUGGCGGUUUCCCUGUACUCCGCCAGUGUCCACGAUGAAUCCAGGCUAACUCUACGCUAUUUGCGAUGUGUGCCCAAGGAGUCCUGGUGUCCGGAAGUAAAAAGAUUCACUGAGGAAGUCAUAAGCGAUGAGGUGGCGUUGACAGGUCUUAAGUUUUUCCAUCUCACAAGAAAGCUGGUCUUGAGUGUUGCUGGUACUAUUGUGACAUAUGAGUUGGUGCUCAUACAAUUCCACGAGGACAACGAUCUGUGGGACUGCGAACAGAGCUACUAUUCCUAGAGUAACUUAAUAAAUAAAACAUACUCUUUAUUGCAUAAUAAAUAAAAAAUCAUCUUGCACUUUAUUAUUAUCGUUUGUUUAAAGCGGUAAAAGGAAACCAACAAAAUGUCGCUCGUAAUAUCAAUCGGUUACAUUGCCUAAUUGUACGUC